AUCCCAUUGAAGCUGGACCAUCAAGAAAAUCUCAGGUAAUGUCAUGAUUAAAGACAUUUCAUCAACUAGAUGAAGUUUUCCUUUUGUGGACAACGUUAUAUGUCACAAUUCUAAGUCUUAUGAACUACUUUAAUAAUGCAUGAUACGCAAAUCAGUGGAAUACAUUUAUUUGUGAAGCCCUAAGUAGUCUUUUUUCUAAGAUUUUUUUUUUUUAAUUUCCUAUAGAAAUUACAAAAACAUAAACCUAUAUACCCAAGCCAUAUAUUAUAUAUUUAUAUGUUUUAUUGGUGGCUUACCUUUUCUAAUGCGAUCUCCCAAAAUUUACCCUCCCUAACCACAUUAUAAUGUCUAACUAAUAUUAACACAUCUUAUUUUUGUAUUGCUAUUAAUAAAUAAAUUUGUCAAGUUAAAAUAUGAAGCGAACGCUGUUUUUUUUUCUAUGAAUAUAUUGAACAAGAAAAUCAAACCAGAUAAUAUCAGGGUCGCCAAGGUUCCGUUAGAAAUUUAAAUAAAAUGACUUGUGCAAACUCCCGUUAAAAUUCAGCAUGACCAAAUAACUCGGUUUUUGUCCUUAUGCAUUUUGAAGAGACGAAAACUGUGAAUUUUUCAGCAUUGUUUAUGAAACAUUCUUCAUUUUAGUAAGAAUAAUAAUUAGCCAAAACAAUUAAAAACUAAUACAAAGGCAAUGCAGUUAAGUUCUACAGCUACGUAACGGAAUAUUGUGGCAUCAAAGAAAUUUUAAAGUAAAAUUUCCGUCUGUAAAAUAUGAAGUAAGAUUAAAUAUGGUUCUGUAUAGAAAAUUUUCAUUAAGUUUGCAACGCUGGCUGAAAAUUAUAAUUUUGGAAAAAAAAAGAACCCCAAAAAGAGUAAUGAUGUACAUACAUAUAAAAGGAACAAUUUCUUUAAGAAGUGUAAGUGAUCAAAUGCGUCAUUAGGUUCAUUGUUAUCUAGAGGUAGAAGCUUAAUGUGUAAUCCAUUCUAUACUUUCCCCAUUGACUUCCUACACUUUAUUUCUAUUUAGCAUUCUGCUAAAUUUGACACUUUGCUGAGGUUAAAAUUUAAAAAAAAAUAUUUUUUGAAACCUGUAUGAUUUCUCAAUUAUUUUUGUGGAUUACCGCUUUGUAUUUAUAACAAUGUUCAACAUUACUUUUUUAAAAUGUCCACAGUAUGAAGAAGAAAAUGUUAAAACUUCUACAGAAUAUUAAAUAUCACUGGACAAUUGUCUUACAUUUACUACUCUUACGUAUUAACAUUAUAAAACAUAAAAUAAAAUGUUGUUGCUAAUGUAAACCACCCUAAUUUAAUAAUAAAGUGACGAAAUACAAAUCAGUAAAAAUAAUAUAUUAAUCACCGACUGAGGAAGACUCACAUGGGGGUGGUCCCCAAAGUUUGGCAAUUCUUUUGGGGCGUCAUUUUCGGUCAAAUUUAACAUUCUUUUAUACAUCUUAUUUUCUAUGUAUAUUCAUAUUCAUUUUGGUUGUCAUUGUGUUGGCACUGCAAAAUCAAGAAUACUGUGGGUCACAUAUUCUAUAUUAUCCAUUAAUGGGCUAUAAGCCCUUAAUGAGCUGUCAAAAAUGAUAUAUAUAUUUGUUUACUUUUUUUUUGAGGGGGGGGGGUCGCACAGAUGAGCAGCUGAUUGAAAUAAAAAAUAAGGAGUAAAUAGCCUCUUAUAAGUAAACCAAUCGUACAUUGGUGUUAGGUUUUCUAUGCCCAAAUGAGGCGUCAGUUAAAUAUUGUUUAAAAAUAAUUGGGCGCAAAAGAAUGUAAAAGCUAUUUUGUUAUAAAAAUGUCUAAGCAUAUGAUAGAAAAAGGCCUGGAAGCAGUUCAUUUUGGCAUCGGUAUAUUUCUUUAAAUAAACCCAAGAGAUAAUGAUACAAAUAAUUAGGUAUCGCUUGAAGUACGUGCUACCGGCAUAACCAUGUUUAUUUUUGUUCAUUAAUUGAGUCAAACAAAUUUACCUUACCCAAAUAUGGUAGUCUUUCUUAAUUGGAAUUUUUUGUAAAAAUUGUUUCAAAAAUUACGUGCUAUUGACAUUACUAUUUUUUGUGUGCAGAAUCCUAAGAUUAAUGUCAUGUAUCAGACAGAUUCACCGUUCCCAAAAACGGUAAGUUUUCUUAAUCAAUUUUAUUAUUUUUUUGCAAUAUUCAUUGCAUUGAAAAUUAGUAUUUUAAUUAAUGAAAAGAUUUAUUGUGACAUUUUCAAUGGGGUAUUCCCAAUCCAAAAAUAGGACAGUUAAUAUAACAUAAUAGAAAUAUAGAAUAAUCGUAGAAAUUUAGGAGAAUUCUUAUGUACUCUCCUCUGUCAAGGGUAUGAGAAUCACUGUUGUUAUGUGUAGAUGAUUGUUUUCAAGUUUGAUACGGAAACGAUGUUUAGUUAGAUAUAUUAUGUGUAGCUGCAUCGUUUGUGUGAAAGUGUUGUGACGUAAUUGUGUAAAGGGAAUGACGCGUUAGUUUUCGAGUUGUAGUGAUGGAACAUUGAUGGCGGAUAUAAUAUUUUGACAGUUGGACUUGUGUUGCUGUGUGUUAGGCUGAACCGAUUGGAUUAGUAAUCUGUAAUUAUAUCACAACCCUAGUGAAGGAAUUGUUCUUAAAUAAAUUUAUAUAUUGCAACAAACCGUAAAGUGUUUGUUGAAUUAGAAACUGUUGCUAUUGGUUAUACUGUUCGUGGGAUCAAGAGAGAGACUUGGCCAGAUAAGUAGACACUCAUUGCCAUGAGUGGAUAAUUGCAGCUCAAUAGAUUCAACGUUUCAACAUCCUCUUGUAUCGUUCCAGCUUAUUUUUUUUUUUAAAUGAAAACUAUUUCUAGUAGUUCCUUAAAAUUCGAAACAUUUUUAAAAGCCUAUCGCAGCGAGACAGUCAUUUCAUCGAACAUUUAACAUCACAGCCAAGGGCGUGCAGCAUUAGGUAUGCAUUAAUUUUCGUUAUUGGUGGUGGCUGUGUCACCCUGCCCCCCUCUUUACAUCAAAAAGAAGAAAUGUACCGCUGAGUUACUGUAAAUAUCAAGCUACAUACAACAUUUUUAAGGUAUAUAUAUUUUUUAUUCCAUCUGUCUUUUUAUUUUCUGUACUAUCCUUUAUAUUUUAUACUUUAGGGAAACCCUAAGACGCCUCUUGAUCCAAAGUAAGGUUUUUUUAUUAUUUUUUGUUUUAAUUUAUUUUUUUUUAAAUGUUUUCUAUAGACCUUUAUGGAAUAAAUUAAAGAAUACUUUUGUAUAUGUAUAUAGUAUAUAUAAAAGUAAACAAAAUACUGUUUGUCAAUUUGUUUUGCAAAGGCUUUUUCAUUGAGUAACGUGUCUUGUCCAAAUUUGGCAGAAAUAUAUUUUUAUCAUUAAAUAAUAGUGUAUUUAGAGCUUUCAAAAUAUUCUGUUAGGCUUCUGGGCCCUUAUUUCUUUCUAAUAUGAGAUUAUCAGUAAAAAUUACAACAAAAAAAUACUUCUACUUGAAUUAAUCGUUCUUGACCAACUUAGUACACAGACAUAUGCUUAUCCAUAUUCAAAUGGCAACGGCUAAUGAACUCAAAAAAUAUUCAUUCUUCUGGUGCCGUGGAACCAUUUCAUAUUUUUUCUAAUAUAAGCUUUAUAAAUACAAUUUUGCCGAGUUAACACUAUAGGUCUUAUGGGAAGUAGAUAGAUCAGGUAACAAUACACUUCAUAGUUCGUAAAGAAAUAUUGGUGGAUUUAAAAAAAAAUUAAUAUCCAAUCCAUUCAGGGUCACUCUAGAGUUUUUAAUAAGUUCUAUAAUUUAAAAGCUAGAUUUGUGAAAAUUUAAUGGGAUUUAAAAGGGGCAACUUUAAAAGUUUAACUCCUGUGUUUAUGUUAAAGAUUAAAAUUAGACCCAUUAUAUCGGGCAUGUUAAAAACGGAAAGAUAUGUAAUGGGCCCUUGCCCAUUUCUUUUACCUUAAAUGAAAUGGGGUUAUAUAACCUUUCUAUUCAUACUUACAUCACUAUUUCUGUAUUGUUAUGACAUGAGCGGAUACCUCAGAGAAUUAUAGUUAGUGGGUUAACUACUAAUUAUUUCUCACAGCUGUAAUAAUACGAAUAACACGUCUUGAUAAAUCGUUUAUUUAUUUAUAUAUAACACUUCACACAUAUUUUUUACAUCUGAUAAUAAUAGAAUGAAAAUUAAAUACAGUUCAGUCAUAAAACAUCAAUUCCUUUUGAAAAAAUAACGUAAGACCACAUCUCUCACAUGCUUUCUCAUUAAAUACAAUAUUGCUGCUCAAGCAGUUACACACUAUCUAUAUUUAAAAUAUGUGUAUCACUACAUUGACAAGGAAUAGUGUUUUUCGAUCAGCUGCAAAUAAACGUUUAACAACAUUAGGUUACAGGUUACAGCUAUUGCAUUUAGUUUGUAGAAUUUUUCUUACACUAACAUAAAUAACUAGGUAUAAAUGUCAUUUUAAAUAUCUUUCAAGAAGUUUAUUUAGUUUAAUCUAAAAUGUUUCAAAAAGAUUUAAGUUGUUUCACUGCUGUAUAUAGUGAUAUCUAAAAGCCUAUUAAAAUGUUUGUUUAUAUCGAUUUAUUGAUAUACCUAGCUUGAUAUUUUGUCAGUAUCAAUGGGUCAUCUUUUUAUACUUUUCAUUGAGAUUCUAUAUUAUUCUAGAAGCUUUUAAUUUUUUCUCAAAUUGUUUUAAGAUAAUAUAAAUGCUCCUAUCAUGGUUAUUAUGUUUCAUUAACUUUUAAUGAGUUUCCCCGAAUGUUUUUGAAGAAGAAGUAAAGAUCAUUUUUUGUGUCUAGAAAAUUCCACAUUAUUUUUCCAUAAUUAUGGGGAAAAGCUGUAUAUUUAAAGGAAGUGGAAGGCUUAGCUAAUAGUUUACGCUUCAACGGGUAUUGAUGGAUCUUGCCAAAGUUGGUUGACAUACUCUUCAUAAUCGCACUGAGGAAUUCGUUUCCAUCAGAGACUAGGAUCCCAUCGGGAACGUCAUCCCACCAAGGAAAAGGAUCCUAACGGGGAACUGGAUCCAAAUGAGAAAACAUGAUCCGACCUGGUAACAGUUUAAAAAAGCAGAGUAGAUCCAGAGAUGAAUGAGAUCUCACAGGAUUCGCCAUCCCACCGAGGAACGGGAUCCCAGCGAGGAACUCGAUUCCAUCAGUAAUUGGUUACCACCAUAAAACGGGAUCAAAUAGCGAAAAGGAUACCAUAGAGAAACGUGAUUCUUUCGUUGAACGGGAUCUCAAACGGAGAACGAGAUCCCAUCAGAGAACAGGAUAACAUCAGGAAACAAGAUCCUAUUGAGAAACGGGAUCCCUUAGGAAUCGGAAAUCUGGAUUCCACUGGUUACAGAAUAAUACUGGGGUUUUAUCGGGCUUCCAAUGGUAAAAGGAUCUCAUCGAAAUGGGAUCCCAUUUGGAAACCUAAGGCCAUGAAACGUACUCCAUCGAAAUCGAGAUCCCUUCGGUCUACCAUCGGGAUCCCACUGGGUUCGUGUUCCAAUUGGGUUUGGGAUUUACAGGAAACCGGAAACUUGAUCCCAACGAAAAUGGAUUGCAUUAGGAAAGGGUAUCUCGUCAGGGAACGUGAUCACAUCGGGGAAAUGGAUCAAAUCGAGAAACAGAAUGUUGAAAAAAGUGUUUUUAUAAAUGUGAGCAUUUUUAAUUUACCUUAGCGACGUGUUUUGUUUUUUUUUAUUGGCCCGUAAAUUUGGAAUUUACUUGAAUUGGUGUUCAUUUUAUUUUCUAUUUGAUUCUUUUGCUACCCUCUCGAAUACGACAUUUGCUCUAAGUGUUUUUGGAAAAUUUAACUCAAUUUUUACAGUUACUUUAUUCGCUGAUGAAUUCUUCCUGCCAUCACGUUUAUUUUGUUAAGUUCCUCUUUUUCAUGUUUUCCCAUAAUUCGUUACACUAAUUUCCUGAUUUAAUGAAUAAAGAUGAACUUUUAAAAGUUUGGCAAUACUUGAUACUUAGAAAGAUAUAUUUCAAAAUAUUAUAAUGGUAUUCAUUCGUAUUGAUCAAAGAUAAAUUCAUGGAUAUAUCAAAUAGUUUUAAUCGAAUGCUCUAACCAUAUGUUUCAAAAUAUCAAAUAUAUCAAACGUAUAUACAUUUUAAUGGAUUCAACGUUUUGAACUAUUUAAUCUCUUUACAUAGUGGAAUUUAAUUCGCUUUUAAAAAUAUUACUCAAGGAAUAUUUAGUGUUUAUACAAAAUUGGGUCAUUGGUUUACACAUAUUUCUUCCGGUUGGGGAAGCUUCGGGUUGGAUUUACUUUACAGGAGAGACACUAACGAACGGUUGUUCUUUUCUUAUGAAAUUUUAAAAUAUUCCAUAAAUAUCCCUUUUUGUACAAUUAAUUUAAUUUAUCAAUAUUGUCAGUUUUCAAUAUUAUCUCUAAACACAGUCAUCUUUCUGUAUUGAACAAAUACAACCAAAUGGACCCAAACAAAUUCAUACAGACUGCUGAUUUGACACCAAUGAGCUCGAACCUUCAGGUAAGAAAAAUAUUAGAUAUUAUCCGAUUUUAUGAAAGCUUUCUAAUAAUCAAAACAUAAUAUUUCCAUCAAAAUAAUUAUUGCUUGGGUAGGAUUGGGGAUAUCUGGUCUACUAAACAUGUACAGAUAGGACAUAUAUAUAUUACAGAAAAACAUGAAAAUUAUGCCAUGUGGUGUCAAGGUCCCAAAAACGUCUCAAUCAGUUUCGUUUAAAGGUUUUCCGGGUGGUUUGUUAUUACAAGACACAAUAGUGUUGACGGCCAAAUCACGGAAGCCCCUAUGAUCGCUCCUGUUCAGGACUAUUAUGAUAUGGCACUGUUUAUCUUGCGCAAUAGUUCAAGCUUGAACAGUUCGUCUGUCUAAAAGGCAAAGCCUAGCCUUGUUCCCAGAAAUGUCUCAUUGCAGCAAGUACAAACAAUGGCGUAGAUAAUAUUUUGGCUAAUUCAAAGUAAAACGUUACUUAUCUAAAACUUACCCUUGGCGAAUUUAUUGAAUCUAGAUUUCAAAAGGCCACAAGAACUUAAAAAAAGCUGUGGCUGUCACUUUUUUCAUUUCACCACUGCAUUUAAUUUACUUCACAUUUCUUUAACAUAAUGUUUCCUACACUUGUUUUCACUUAUAUCCUUCUACCCUUCUACAUGGUUGUAUUUUUCCCCCCUUAUUAUUAUUUUAAUUUUAUUAUUUUACUGCUAUUUUUUUUAUUUGUUACCGUUUUGCCUCUCCAGUUAUUACUUAUUUUUUAAAAUAUUUUUCCUGUUCUUUUGUUUUUAUUUACUUUUUAUUUGAUAUUUUUCACCUAUUGCUUCGUUGUUUUAAAUUUAGUUUCAUUUUUUAUGACCACCUAACUUUCACAUCUACCUUCUAUUGUCCCUCAAUUACACGUUCUCGUCCUGCUCUAGUCCACUGUGUCUUCCUUUAAAACAGCUAUAAAGCAAAUUCGUUCCUUUAUAUGUCCUGUCGUUAGCUUACUUACUGCUGAAUUAGCCAUCUGUUGCAAGGAAAAGACCGUUACUCUUUUUAAGAGAACAAGAUUCAAUAUGCUUCUCAAAUUCUUCCAUAAUUGUCUACUUCUCCGUACUAUGCCUAAUGGCUUUAUAAGUAAAUUUAGCCUCCAUUUGCCUCCACUCUGCUAAUCUAAUAUUUCCAAAGAAGUGCUGAAGGCACACUCCAAGGCAGGUAGCUGGAUACAUCUUAUCACAAACCAGCUGACAGGGUGGAGCCGUCGUUUUAUGGACAAGAAUCUAUACAUCAAAGCGUCACACAGGCAACAACAGUACAGCCAGCUCUAACAGCCGAGGACUACUAACAUCUUAAAUAAAAACAACGACAAUGUUAAAGAGACUAUCAAAAUUGAUCGAAAAAUCGUUACGUCCUCAUUUAGCCUCUAAUUUAAACAUGUUCGAUAGCCACCUCGUCAAGUCCUGUUUUAAAGUAAACCCUUUACGAUUAGUAAAGCUCUAAAAACAAAAGUGGGAAGCUCGCCCAAGAUAUCCCUCACAAAAUAAAUGUGAAUUUAUUUCUUAGAAAAAGAAAUUGGGAACGUCCUUCAAAUGCUUUCCAAAAGAACCACGAUUAUCGAAAAUCGACACUUUACUAAAUUUUUGGUAAAUAAGUGACUGAUAUUUUAUAUAAAUAUGCCAAUACAUUUUUCUAAACAUAUAACAAAAAUAAGAAUUUGUAGGGGAAAUGAAUUCAUAAGAAUCCUUACAAAAUUACACAAAAGAAUGUAACAUUAUUUAGCGGGUACCGUUAUGAAAUAAUUUUUAUAAAAUCGUAAUCUGAAUAUCAAUAAAGCAGGGUUUAUAAAAAACUUUGCAGCGCAACAUUCCCCCAAAGUUUUAAAACAUUUUCCUUUGCAUCAUUUACAUUUAAAACCAUGUAACCCGGAAACUCUGUCAUAAACAAAUGCUAAUAACAAUGCACGUAAACAUGCACCGCAACCUCAAAAUUGCUCCUGCAUUCGCAAAGGGGGAGGGGGCGGACGAACCCCAGGUUAAGAAAAUGCAGCAAUAUACUAUUGAUUCUCCGAAGUUAUUGCUACUUAAAAUGUUUCGGAUGACUUGGUUUAGAUAAACAAACACGGCCAUCGAAAGGUUACCUUAAUGAAGUCGGUGCAUUCAAUAUAAUCUAUAAAAUUAUCGCUCUACACUUGUAUGAUUUCAUGGGGUCAAACGAUUGAUGUGAUUUUUUUUUCUGCAAAAGAGUUCGUAUCCAAAACAAAUAAAAAAAAAAAUUCACUCGUGAUAAAAAUAAAAUCAUAUGUCACUGUUUAAUUUUUAGGCGUGAAUUUUGUGAUAGAUAAAUUACCAAAUGUUUGGAUUGUCUUAUCCAAAGCUUGUCACUUCUUUUAUCCUUCACACCAGUAAGUGAGCAGAUUUUACCUGCAUUGCGCGAUAGGGUUUCAAAUUAUUUUCUAGGGUUUUGUACCCAUGGGCUCCAUGUCAUUCGGAGAUCGAACAUUAAAAGUAUAUAUAUAUAUAUUACCCUUUCGGAUAAUAGAUUUUUUGGUUAUUUGAGUUUGGGAAAUUGAAGAUUUUCUGUACUAUUUUACAAAACUUAAUUUAAAUAAUAAGUAGAAACUAAAUACCAUACUGCGACAAUUUGUACAAAAAUAAUAAAUAAAGGGGUAAUAGGCAUAAAAACAACUUCUCUCACCUUCUAAGGAACGGGUAAAGAUUUGUUUCCGUAAUUUGGUCUACAUAAUCUAUCCCCGAAAAUUAAAAAUAUUUAGAAAUCUCAGCGAUAUGCAACAUAUACAAAAAAUAUUAAAGGUAAGUUUAAAACCUAAAAGGUUAAAUUUUACCUUUGCAUGCUUACAAGAAAAUAUAUGUACAUUAAAAAAGUUUUAAGUAUCUUUUUUAAAAUGCCUAUUUUUAUUCAGAGGUUCAGGUUUACAAAUGAAAAAAGCCGAAGGAGAUCAUUAGACUCAAAACUGGUAGGUUUUGUUAUUAACAAAUACUUUUUACAAUUUAAAAAAAAAAUUCUUAAGGCCUAUUAUAAAUGUGUUUUAAUCGUAAAACAAUCGAACGAGCCAAACCUAAAAACAGAUUAAAUUGCAAAACCAUUUAGCAAUAAGUAACUUGAGUUUUUGUGUGAAUAUCAAUAGCGUAUUUUAAUGUAAAGUUUAUCUACUAGUCCUAGUCCUGAUUUCAUUAGGUUAGAAAUAACAUAUGUUUUAAACGUAUUUGCAACUAUGUAAUAAUUGUCUUGUCUUUUUUUUGUGUUAAUAUGUUAAAUAAAGUUAGGGGUUCUUUAUUAUGUUUAUAAAGCAACAUAUUAAAACAUAUAAUAUGUAUCCCCAAUAUUCAAUGCCCUCUUCCUUUCAGUUAUAAAUUUUUACAGUUUUAUCAUGUUUUGUUGUUAUUUGCGUAUUACUAAGUAUUAAUUAUGAGUUUCUUCUUGUUAGUAUGAACAUAAGGGUCACUUUUUUUCUUGUAGAAAAGUAAUCCCCUCUCGACGUCACAGGUACAUCUUAAAGAAACAAACAGUAGCCCAGCAACUCAGGUAUAAAUAGGGAAUUUAAUAAUUAAUCAAUUAAAAUAAGUUUUAGCCGAAAAUGUGUUUGUUUAUUCUACAAACUAGGUUUAAGUAUUGAAAUAAGUAUACUUAUCCAAUUUUAUGUUUCCUUUGAAUGUUUAGGUUAAAUUUAUUUUCUACAGAGAGGCCAUGUAAACAUGGCCAAUGAUCUCUUCAUAUAGACCCUAGCUUUAAACUUUAAAUAUCAUAGAAUAUUGUAAAUAAAUGCGUAUAUCUAUAACUUUAAUUUGUAUACAUAACUCACAAAUUUAUAGCUAGAUUAUAUGACCAUAUUAUACCGGGUUAAUAAUGGAAUGCAUAUUUCUCUACAUUCCACCUGUUUUACUAAAUCUCAGCAUCUAAAAAUCGAAUUUUUACUUAUGUACUGAAUCAAAUUGGUGUAAUGCAUCCUUGAAAAAUGUCUUUUCUAUAAUUUUCAACUAAUUUGAAAUUUAUAUUUAUGAAACAGCAGAUUAGCCUUUCAAUUUAUUUUUAAGUAAGUGUCUUUGUAUAGACUUUUACGUUUCGAAGUGGCUAAUUGUUACCCGGGUACAGAUAAGUGAGAGGUUGGGAUUAAAAAACUAAUUAAAAUUGCAUUGUUUUGUUUGUAAGAAUAAACAAGGUAUCAAAUGAAAGAUAAGUGAAUGGACUAUAUGUUUGUAAACUUAAUUUUUCAGUUUAACUGAAAUAAACUACCACAAAUGACAUUUAAGUAAUCUAUUUGAAAUUUGAAGUACAGCGGUACCAAUCAAUUGCUCCCACAUAUUCUGUGGCAUAUUUUCUGCUGCCGGGAGGAAAAUACAAAAUGCAACAUCUUUCCCAACAUCCACAUAUUAUUUUAAGUGUUUGUUUUAAAGAAUCCCCAUGACAAACACUAUCGCUCAAUUUUUGCAACCCCAGACCUAAAUUAAUAUCCCAUAUAUAGUCACAACUCCCUUAUACCACAAAUUUUCUAUAUAAAAUAUAUUUUAUAACAAAGCUCAAAAUAAAUUAUCAUCGCCUUAAAAAAUUUAAAAGCACAAAAGUGUAUUAUAAAUAUUCAUACACUUAUUUUAAAUUAACUAUGUACUAAAUUUCUGUCAAAAUUGCAAAAAAAUUUUGAUAACCAUUUUACUAAUUUAAUUAUUUUAUUAAAGUACAAAUUUUCCUUAAUAACUGCAAUAAAUAGCAAAUUUUAAAAGUAAUAAAAGUAAAACUGAUUAAUGGUAAAGUUACAUUUUGUGUUGUGUGUUAAAUUAAAUGUUAGCAAUUUGAAAAGCAAAUAUGUAUAACCAUUAGAGGCAAAAACAUCCAUUUUGUCCCAUGGUUAACACUAACUUGCUAUUUGUGGAUCAUUUGAGCAAUUUACAUUUAUUUGGACUAAUACGUAAGUAUAUUUUUAAAAAAACGUAACACUUAUUUUAUCAGAAUCCUGAACUGUAUUUUGAGGGAAACAAAUUUAUACGUAUAGCAUGUACCUAAAAGAACAGUUAAGAAACUGCCUCAACUUUGAAUCCACAUAUACGUUUGUCAACUGUGCAAAUCCUUUCUCGGAGUGAUUUCAUAAAAAGCUCCGUAUAGAACGAGUAAAAUGUUUACUGUUACGACAUUCGCAUAACUGAACAGUAUAUGCUUCAAAGAAAAACAUAUAUGGCUUUUAAAAGUCACAACCAUUCAGCUUUGUCCAGCUGUCGCUGCAGCAACAUAAAGAUUCGCAGAAAUAAAAAAUUAGUUUCUGUUGAAAUUAAAAAAACAGAUUGUGUCCAAAAAUAUUCUUAACUAGCUUAUAAAAUAAAUGUAAAGAGGUACAGGAUGUGUCUUAUAUUUGGAGGAUUUUACAUUAAAUUCAAUUGUGAUGUUAAAGUUAAUGUUAUAAGGUAAUGCUUGAAAAUGCAUAUUGGAAAGCACUCACAUUUUGUAUGCUUGUUUCUUUUCACAUAAAAAACACAUUUGAGGGGGUAAUGAUGAUAUUUAUAAAAUUAAUUUUUGAGUGCUAGCCAUACAUGUACAUAUGAAUCUUUUGUUUUCUUUGCAGGCUAGCUUAAGGGGAUUUUUAGAGGACACUAACAAAGCAUCAAAUUUAGACAUGGAGAUUGUUAGCAAAGAACCAAAUGUAGGUUAGAUGUACUAGGAGAAAAAUAAUAAGCCUAUUUUAAUACGUUAGUUUUUAAGUGAAUAUGAUGUAUGAUUUUACAGCUUCGUUAGUGCUUGAGAAGCCGCAUCGUUACAUGAUUCCUUGAAUACCUUUCUAAACGUGCUUGUUUUUUCUUUCAUUAAACCGGAAUUAAAAGCAUUUUUUAGUACUUUUACAUGAUUCUAAUUUUGCAUAUUGUUACUUCCUUCAACAAUUUUCAAAUCGUUGAUGUUAAUUUCGACAAUUUUACUACAUUUAUUAAUAAACGAUUUUUAUUGCAUUGUCUUUUGUGGUGGGGGGAUUUUCAUUGUGUUGAGAACUUAUUUAUAAACUGUCUUUACAUAAAUUUCUCUUAGUGCAAUCAACUCCAAACGUUAUUUUUUGUAAAAUGUUCUCACGCUUGUAUAUUGAACUUAAUAUUAUGCAUUUUGAUGCAACAAUAAAAGCAAUACGCUUUAAAAGUUUGUAUUUAGUUUCACUUUAGUUAAUUAGUUGAAAAUAUAAUUUAUAUCAUUAUAUUUUUGUAUAUUUAACAUUUCCUGUUAUAUAUACUUUUUAUUGUUCUUUUAAAGAACAUCACAGCAAAGCAUUAUAAAAAAAAUAGCUUAAAUUAGUUUUCAUGGCUCUAUCUUUCAUAUUUAUAAGAAUGUCAUCUGGUUGAUUGGAAGUGACGAGAACCCGAACUUUGAUAAUGCUUAUGGAAGACGCCUGAUGGAGAAGUUUUUUGAGAUUGCUGUAGACAGUGGUAGGUGUACUUAAUUUAUAAAUAUCUUCAGUUUAAAUUAAUUUACCAUUGUUUGGAGUAAUAAUGACAAUGUUGUUUUUUUUAAUUCUAAUAUGUUGUUUGUCCAUGAAAUACGCCACUUCUACAGAAUCGCUGCUUAUGGUGCAUGGUACAAAAAAAUUUUGUGAAAAAAUUGAACAUCUAUACAAGCAUUCAAAACUAAGGAGCGGGAAAAAGAAAAUUAUGGGAUACGUUACUGGGGUAAAAACAAAUUGAUUACUUUUUAAUGAAGAUUUGAGCAUAAGUUACUUUUUAUUCCUCAUCAUUAACUGAUAAGCAAUGUUUAUAUUAUAUAUUGAUUUCUGUGUGUACAGUAUGUUUGUACAAAAUGUUUUCUUUUUUCCAUUUAUAUGGCACUUUAAACGUAUACAUAUAACCUUAAUGUACAUUGUAUAUGCAGCUUCCAAUUGAAUCUUAUUGACAAUAAUCGAAACAUGAUAAAAGACAUUUCUUUUAAAUUAUAUUUUAUCUGACUUUAAUUUCAGAGACUCUCCAUCCAAAACAAUUUUCCAAGGAUUCGCUUCACGUCAGCUGCUGGUGAUCAAGCACCCAUAAGGGACAAACGUAAUAAAUAUUAAUAAUCUAAAACAUUUUUAAUAAGUGUAUAGUACGAAAAAAAAAUAAUUAACUAUUUCUUGCAUAUCUCUUUAAAAGGGUCAAUUCAAAUAACAAAGUCUUUUUUUUUACAUUUAUUGAAAGCUUCUAAAAAUUAUUUUUUUCAGCAAUAUUUCAGUGUGUUUUUGUAUUUGAGAAGGGUGAUCAUCAAUAUACAAAAGAAGUGGAACAAUGUACUGAUGGCGUCCCAAUCGUAAUAAUUCAG